AGUAAGAGUAUGGAUUCAGAAUUUUCACCUUGCUUGUUCCUAGUUAAACUUCUGUUAUAUUAAUUGGAGAAAUUAUAAAGUGAGAGGUAUAAGAAAAAGAACUUGCUUCUUGUUUGAGCAGCUACAUCACCAGCUUCGGCAGAUUGUAACUUGUAGAGGUGAUUCGAAAAGGAUGCUCCAUUUUACCCGUGCGACUCCCGCGCGUGGUGGAGUCUCGUGAAAUAUCAGCUUUUUUCGAAACGGAACCCGAUCGGUGGUUGAACACUGCCCAGAGGCUUAAUGGUUGAACACUGCCCAGAGGGAAAUUGUAGACACAGGUAAAAAAAAAGUUGGCCUGGGUGGGGCACAUGAAUCAACGAAACUAGUGCGAGUUUCUUUCUAGGCAGCAUAGCAACAAGGAAGAACUACCUUCAUCAUGGGCGGUGGUGGUAAGGGAAAGAAAGGCGGCAAGAAAGGAGGUGGGAAGCACAGCCUGAACAACGCAAGUAAGGGUGGCGUCGAUAUCGCUCAUUCAAAAAAUUCACAUGGAGAACAGAAUUAUGGGCACGACGAUGAUCAGAAAAUCGAGCACGAGGCGGGUGCUAUUGGAGGUACUUCAGCUGCUGAAGGUGGCGAAAUAGAGGGUGUCGCAGCCUCAGCGUCGACCGACAAGAAUAAUCACGGCAAGGGCGGCAAAAAGGGAAAAUCCAAGAAAGAUUUCGGUUUCGCGAAAUUCAAAAAUGAAUCUGAAAAGCACACAAAUGACACGCAUCCUAGCAUGGCAUAUAGAAUUUGUCGCGGUCAUACGCCACCGACCCCGAACAACUCGUCUAAUAUUUUCUUGCGUCCUCAGGACCAGAAAAGCAUGCAGGUGAGAGGUUAUGGAAAAUAGAAGAAAAAAUCGGCAUUUGACAAUAACUACUUGAUAUGAAGUUGUAUUUCGUCCCUAGAAUCUACUUGUUUGGUAAAGAUACAUACCUAGAAGAAGAGACGUGCACGUAGGUCUAGGUGCCAUUCUCUGACAAACAAGUUUCGUUGGUUCGGAUUGCAAAUGUACUGUACGAAAUUUUAUAUGUAAUUCAAUGAUAACGACUACGACUGCUGCUCUCACGCAUCAAUCUAUCAGAAUUACCAAUACCAAGUACAUCUACAUGAAGAGAGAGGAUUAUGCACAUCGUGUCGUGAGUACUCCUUCCUCCUCUUUUCCCUUUUCUAAGCACUAUCCAUGAAACCAGACAAAUACCGCACGAAGAACAUCUUGGCUGUGGGUUGUGGAAACAUGUCUUUCGAAGCGGCGCUGUGCCUCAGUUCGCAUGGCAUCAGCCUUGACCAAUGCACGUUGCACUGCUCAGUGUUGGACAAAAACCGUGAUGAGUUCUGCAAAAAAUACACUCUGGAGCGCGCGGAAGAGACCUUGCGGGUACUGCAACUCACGAUUUCUUGUUGUGUAUAAGACGCUUAAAGCACAUAAAGAAAAAAUAUCCGGUCAAGUAGUUUUCCCUCAUUAUUCCUAGUAGAUUUGUCUCUCAAAUCGAUAAAUGAAGAUGUAGUGAACCAAGUAUGUUAAUUGUAGCUUUGUUUGGAGCUAAGUAACCGUAUCGAUCCUCGUCUACUUCUCGGCGGGUGUGAUGAUUGUAACCUUACAAAUAAACGACGUCUUGUCUCUCCGGUGUUAGGUGGUAGAGAAUGAUCCUGACUAGAGUGGCGCAUGCUGAUGACAAACAUGAACAAUGACGGACGACGCUUAUUCUAAUAUUCGUUCUCCUUGAAUCAUAACCAGGUAAAGAUGAAUGCAAUUAUGAUAAAGUAUGUAACUGUAAGUGUAUCAAUGUUGAGCGUAUGAUCAAUAUGAAUAACUUCAAUUUAUUUUCUUCAUCGAAGGUGCUUGAGGCGUCUGGGCAACGGUACUUUUUUAAUGUGAAUGCGUUUGAGCUCCAUGACCACUUGAAGAAAGAACUGGCGCCACAGCUUCGUGCACAAAAAGAGAAGGAGAAGAGGGAACGAGAGCGGCAUCCACACUUGUAUUUAUGAAGCGAAUUACCUUGACCUUGAUGAAAAUAUUGUGAAUAAUAGAGGUGCUCCAAGAAGAACUCCAUUCAGAAAUGGUAACGCUAGUAAAAUAAGUAUACUUAUCAGUUGAACAAGAUAUGGUUGAGCAUGACCAUCAAAGACGUACUAUGAUGAUGGCGUUGUACUUGUACUCCAAGUGCAGCUGCCCGUUUUCUGUACAGCGACUUUUUCUAAGAUAUACGGAAGCGGCAGAGCUCCACGAGGGGUCCGACAAUGAAGAGGCGGAUGAAAUAGCAGCGGAAGAUCAGGUGCCGAGCUACCGUCUCAUCUUUUGGAACAACCCCUACCCACAUGAGUAUUCAAAUCCACAAGAACGAGAACCAAAGGAAAAGGGAAAGAAGGGACGGUCGAAAGGAUUUUUAAAGAAAUUAUGAAUCAUGAUCUACUUAUAGUAAUAGUUCAAGAUUGAUAUUAUAUGCAUACAGUGAAACUGAAUUAGUCACCACAUUAAUCUUGAUGACGCAGAGGACGACUUGAUGUUGAUUUUUAGAUUCAAUUACAAUUAGAAUUACUUGAAUACAACUUGUUGGGUCUGACUGAUACAACUGAUUGAACAAGAAGAGCACGCUUGCGCAACAAUGUGGAAUCAUUUAGCAAGAAUAAUAUUGUAACUGUGCUGUGCCAGCUGAUGAAUGAGUAUCUCUAUGUCGUUGAUAUUCAUCUUAGUUAUGUGGCACCUCCAAAGCCUGGACCUGUGCCUGUGGUGUCUAUCAGUUAAGAUGUUCUAGUAGGUGUGCCUGUGCGCCUGCUUCGCGGCUUAUCUUUGGGACUACUUAUUACUUGGUGGAUAUGAAGGUGUAGGUGAACAUGAAGUACUAGAUUCAAUUUCAACCUUUUCUCUCUAAAAGACGGAAGCAGACAACUUUCCCAGCAGACUAUAGAUGACAUUGUAUCAGGAAAAGUUCAGCUUGCGGACCUGACGAAAUUUGAGAGGGAGGCGUACCACGCGAAUAAGGAUAUAUUCCUUGAACGGCUCCAGGAAGAGGUGGAGCGCGGAACAUAUCUAGAACAGGAAGAAGAGGAAGAAGCCUUGGAAGACAUGAGCGAGGAGGCUCGCCUUGCAAAAGAGGAGCACAAGAAAAAAAGUACCGGCGAAAGGUUUGUCCCUGAACACUGGGUCAGAACCGAACUCUACCCCAAUUUUUUCAGAGAAUUUAUGCCAGACAUGUCGCCGGUCAAAGACAAAACCAAAAUAGAGUCCAUUUUGUUAAUACAACUAGGUAUAAUAGAUCUAGUAUAGUAAAUAUAGGAAACCUAGUCCUUCUUGUGCUGGGUAUAUCAAUAUCAUCAGAGAAUUGAUAGGAAUUAGAUGAGUCUACUAAAAUGUUUAGAAGUUCAACGUCGUACUCGUAUUGCUAGAGCGGACCUGACGAGCUCGUUUUUGAUAAACGACGAGGUCGUUUUUGUUACAAUACUGAGUAAUAUAGAGCAGGGGUACUUCCACUCUGGUUCAUCUCAGACUCAGGCAUAUACUAGCUAGGUAUCUCCCCGUAAGCCAGGUAGAGGUCGUACUUCAGUGGAAGAUAUCUCACGACGAAAAACUUUAUUUCUAUCUAUUGAUCGUCCUUCCCGCCGUCUAACAAUAGCAGGCUAAUCGUAGAAGCCCAGCGAGCACGAGAAGCAAAGAGACAAGAGAAAAAAGAGGUCAAUUGGUUAGUGCUGGAAGCCACAGGCGGUGCUGGUACUGCAUGUUUUUUCCACGUUGGAUCGUUUAUUUUGUGAUAUUCUAGAAGUAGCAGCUAGCUUUCUAGGCUUGAGCUACAAGUACAACACCACGGGGGGACUACAUGGCAUUUUGUUACGUCUCUGAUGUGAAGGUCGUGCGAGCACUAGUAACAUUUCGGUAUCCUCAUACUCACAGGAUAUGAUGACGGAAGCGAUCCGGACUCGUCAGAUGAGGCGAAGCCUAUGGGUCGAAUCUCUGCGGAGCAGAGGGAAGACUGUCAAGUAAUGUUGAUGUUAUGGCAAUAGGAAGGGAACACUUUCACUUGAUAUUAUAAGUAUUUAUAUAAAAAAUAACUUGCCGACGCUGAGAGAAAAUUUUUUUUGUUUCCCUAACCUCCUUAGUAGUCUAUUAGCAAAUACAAGAUGCUGUGCGGUGCUGCUGAUGGUAUGGGAUUUGAUAGGUGUAGUCAAAGCACUCAGGAGUUCUUCGCUCAUUUAUAAAUACCUUUCAGAUCUACAUCAUUCAGUUUCAGUAGGUCUUUUUGUACAUCGUUUACCCAAGAAUAAGCUGUUCCAAGUCCGACGGACCACCGGCGUCUAUAAUUUUUGUUUUUCAAUUCUAAUUCUGAUGAACCAAGAUCAGGCGUUUCGAACGAACCUGAAGGAAAGCGCAAGAGAGCACGGUUGGAUACUGUCAGAGGAGGUCCCUUUCGACCCCGCCCAAAUGCAGUGGUACCAGUCGUCUUAUGGUGACAAGCGCUCUACGAGGCAGGGCGCCAACGUACCUCUAACUUUAAUAACUUUGUGAUAUUUUUUUGCGAAUUUGUAGUCUAACUAUAUUUCUUGAAAAAAUCCUAAGGUCAUCUACAUUCUUAAUAUAUUUAUGAAUUUGAAUGUUGAACAGUUCAGUUCGUUGGUUGCAUUUGUCUGUAAUAUCAUAGGACGUGCUGAGGUGGAAAUAAUAACUUUCUUGAAUCAACUAUCGAUCCUAUUUCGCUACAUCGACCAGGUCUCAAGUUACGUGAGCAAAGAAACGACACGCGCGUACUUUUUUCGGCUGAUCAAAGGUGUCAAUGGGACAGAGAAUAACCGCUUGGCUGUGCCUAAGCUGUGGAGCCGACGCGACUACGAGGCAGUAGUCGCGGCGACCGGUGAGGACCAACGUGCUGGUGACAAGGACCAGAAGGGAUCUCCACGGAGCCGGAGAAUCGGACACCUAGCAGGAACUCGUCUUAUCCAGCGGGAGAAAGAAACGAAAGGAAAAGGACGGGAGGAGGAUGGAGACCAGCAAAGAAAGACGUGGACAACGAAGAACAACAUCCUCGAUAUCGUAUUUGCUGCCCGAGAACCAGAUCAAAUCUUAAGACUUAGCCCAAUUAAAGUCCAGCUAAAGCUUGAGAAGCAUCGAUUUUGAUCUUUAUUGGCCCUUUCUCUAAGGAGACGACAUAACAAAGUAAGAUGACUCAUAAUUGCAGGAUAAUUUACAUUUAUUUACUAGCUCGUCUCUAAAAGUUCGUGGUAUUAGCUACGAGAACGCCCGUCGGAAGCUGCGGCUUAUGUUUGCACGUGCCAAGCAGUACAUGCCAGGUGGGGAGUGGCUCAGGGCCAGCGUGUACAUGAAGCGCAUCGAAAAAUUUAUCCUGCACGCUCAUUACAAUGACACCUACCUUUCUCCCCAACAAGCUCGUGCGCGCCAGGAGGCAGCAUUGACCGACAACCCGUCCUCUAGUAAGCAGGCUGGCAUCGUGGGAGCAGGAGGAGCAAGCUCGCUUGUCAUAGAGGACGACCCAGGUUCUCCUGCUGCGAAACGGCAAAAAACGAAUUCUUUAAAGGAACUUCUUCUACGUAAUAUUAAAGGAGGCGAUGAAAAAGCUGGUGCUGUCACAAGCACAACUUCAAACGUGGUCUCUGGAAACGUUGACGCAAUUGGUCUGCGACCAAGACCAGACCAGGUUUUGUGGAAGUUCAUGCUAGAAAAUCAGUGCGAUGCGUGCGGGGAUCCACCAGACAGCGAACAAGACGCAGAACAGCUCGAGCUCAAAACCUGGAGAUUAUGCUUGCUAAUACAUUUGACAUUUAUUUAAUAUAGUUGAGCUGGAGCAGUGGUAGCAAAUGAAAAUGUCGUAAGUAGAAAAAGCUUAAGCUAGCAUUGGACCCAGACUCAUUUUUCCAAGGACUCAUACGAAGUACUAGAAGAAUACCAGUUACAACAAAUAUGUGACUGAGAAGGUGAGAAUCGCGCUCCUUCUCAGGAUAGACAUUGCUGACACGAUCGCUUUCGCGUAUCUUCUAGUAGUCUUGAUUUUGCUCGUUAGAGUGUCUUUUCGUCUGCAUGCCUCUAACCCAGUGUCUUGUCGACGGGCAGAAGUGGAGUUUCGUCAGCUCCUGCAAAGCCAACCGCAAGCCAGGAACUGCUUUGGCGGGCGGUGCAGCAGAGCCUCCUACACAAAAAAGGGUCCGCGACAUGGAGAUGUGGUGUCUUGAUAACUUCAGGGAAUUCGAAAUACCAGUUGUGUUAACCGUAAAGAAUCCUCAUACGCACUGCCUGCGUUUGAGAACAGCCUUUGCCAAUUGCGAGUUCGAGGAAAGAGACCCGGACUCGAGGAUCUUUCACCUCGUCAGCCGGUCAAUUGUGGACGAGGAAUUUAGAAGCACUGGAAAUCGUUCUUGAUGAACACAGAUAUUUAUUAGAAGUCACCUUUUUUCGGAUGAUAAUGAUUCGCACCCAAACUGGAUAAUUAACCUUAACGAACGAAGUAGAUGUCGCCACUUUUCUGAUAUUAUUAUAUAUAAGAUUGAUAUGUCGAUCUGAUACUGAUUCUAAAAGAACAUGAUGUGCUGUUGUGGUAUUCACCACAUUUUGCGAAACCCUACCCCAUAUAUCAUCGCAGUAGCAGCCAGUUCUUGUACAAUUUAUUAUAAAUUUUUAUGCCUUUGUCGUUUACGCAACGGGCACUGGCCGUGUCUUAC